AUGGCACAAAAAUUUUUAGUCGUAAUAUUUCAAUUAUGUGUACUUUCAAUGUUAUUUAUUCAUGUUGCAAGUAAUACACAAUCCAAUAAAUAUUGCCCAAUUCAUUCGGACGCCUUGGAAUUGGAGAUUCAAACUGGAGACAAAUGGUUAGCUGGUACGGAUGAUAAUAUUAAUCUUCUUCUUCGUAGUGGCAACGGUAUGAUUUGUCGAGAGUAUCAUUUAGAUAAUUGGGGCAAUGACCGUGAGCGCAAUAGCAUUGAUAAAUACAACAUUUGUUGUCCGGAAGGAUUCUCAGACGACUAUAAAGAAAUCAGCAUGUUUGCGUUGGCUCAUGGACGGGUUGCGGGAAAAAAUGGCCAGGCAAAUACUAAUGAUUAG